UUUAAAUAAUUUAUUAUUUAUGUUUUUAUGAAUUUCCAAAUAAUUAAAUUUUUAGAUAUGCCACGUUCAAAAGUCAGAAUUGUAAACGCCAAAAUUGGGAUUCAGAAAAUAUGAGGAUUGCUGUGAAAGAAGUAAUGGAAAAACGCAUGACAUUACUAAGUGCCUGUAUUAAAUUUGAUGUUCCCUAAAAGCACUCUAGAAAGAAAGAUUAAACAAAAAAACUGAGAUCCUAGUUAUGACUUUGUUAACAAAGUAGCACUAAUUCCAAUAUCUAAAGUGUUUUCGAGUACUGAAGAAACUGAAAUUGUAUCCUAUCUUCAACUUAUGGAAAGACGUUUAUUUGGACUAAGUUCAAUGGAUUUAAAAAAGAUUGCAUAUCAGCUUGUUGUUAAAAAUAACAAGAAAAAUAAUUUUUCAGAAAAAAAAGGAAAUGGCUGGUUAUGAUUGAUACAAAUGCUUUAUGACAAGACAUCCUGAACUAUCACUCAGGAAACCAGAAGCUACUUCAAUUGCACGAGCUAUGGGUUUUAAUAGACUUGUUAUAGGUCAGUUUCAUGAGCUUCUUGGAGAGUUAUUAGAUGCAUAUAAGUUUAGUGCUGACAGUAUUUUUAACUGUGAUGAAACCGGUACCUUUUCUUUGCCUAAAUGCAAAACAAAAAUUAUUACUUCUAAAGAAAGGAAACGAGUAGGCGCAGUGACUUCAGCAGAGCGUGAUGAGACAAUAACUGUUGAAAUAUGCAUGAGUGCAGCCGGUUCUUUUAUGCCACCACUUUUUGUUUUACCUAGACAACGGCAUAACUUGGAAUUUAUGUGAAAUGCUCCUCAUGAAUCAUUUGCUGAGUUUCAUAAAUCUGGAUGGAUGCAGAAAGAAAUUUUUGAACGUUAGUUAGAAAAGUUCAUCAUAUUUACUAAUGCUUCUAAAGAUAGUCUAUCUUUAGAAGUUUUAUUCAUACUAGAUGAACAUUCAACACAUACCAAGAGUAUUGCAUUGAUUCAAAUGGCUCAUAUUACAUAGUACAUCUCAAGUACAUAUUAUGAUAAAGAAGGUACUAAUUGACUUUGCAAAAAUGAAGGUAAUGUCAUAACAGUAAAACAAGUUGCUGACAUUUUUGGAUUAGAACACAUUAAAGCUACUUCUAGAUAGCCUAUAUAAUAAGAGAGUGGCCAACUGGUGUGAUAGCAGCCAUUUUUCGUUUAAACAUUACAAGUAGAUUCACAGAAUUCUGUGGUAUAAUAUCUAUGAUUUGAACAUAAGAGUUCUUACUCUGUGGAUUUGAACCAUACCUUAGUAUAUCUUCAAUCGUGAUUUGAACCAUAGAUUUGAAUAUUUUAGACGAAAAAUGAUGCCCAUGAUCAAUGAUAACAGCCAACCAAUAGAAAACGUUCAGCUAGUUGACCACUCUCUUAUUACAUAGACCCUUUAGUUACUUCUAUGUCAACUGCUAUCAAUGCAUUGGAAAAAAAAACAGGAAUAUGGUCAUUAAAUCCUGAUGUUUUUACAGAUGUAGAUUUUAUGGCUACUGAAACGACAAACAUCGAUGAAAAAAUGUUUAAUAAUAUUGAAAACGAUUCUUUAAGCAUUAAUCAGGACGAUAUAAUGGAUAACCUGCAAAUAGAAAAUUUGAAAAUCAUGCAAAUAGAAAACAUUGAAAUAGAAUUAUUAGAAGAUAUCCAAAUAGAAAUGUUAGAUGAUAUUCAACUUGAAUCUUAUGUAAAUCCAGAAACUACAUCAACACCAAAAACAAAUAAGUCGGUUCCAUCAACUACUUUUGAAAAAGUAUCUCUUAAAGAUAUAAUGCCUGUACCUCAACAAUCUAUUGAAAGUAAGCAAAGAAAAAGAAAAAAGUAUUCGACAUAGUAAAACUGUAAUUUUAACAAGUUCUCCAUACAAAAACGAUUUUUAAAAUCAAAAGGACAAAGCCAAACAGAAAUGUGUGAAGAAAAAUUUACUUCCUAAAAAAAUAAGACUGAAACUAAAACUAAGAAAAGAAAGACUGAAAAAAUUGUCGAUUAUUAGAGUUUAAUCAAUGUCUAUAAUUAUCAUAACCUAUUUUUUUUUAACAAAUUUUUAAACUGCCUAACCAAACAUUAAAAUUAGUAAUUUCUAACUUUUCGUUACCGAGACACCGAGUGUAAUAGAUAUGCUUUCUUUUUAAUAUAAUAUAGAUACUUAUUACUUUCUAUAGGGCUAUAACGUUUAUUCAGGAACGCGACAAGCGUGAGGCAAUUGAGGCAUUUGUCUACUAAUGUAAUUAGGGCG